AUGGAUCGUUAUGACCCUGAUCGAAGCAGCAGCAGAGCAAGCAGUGUCUCCGGAAGGUCCCAGUCUGCUAGAAGCUGGAAUUCCUUGCCACCAGAUGAGAGAGAGCUGGCUAAAGAACUGGAAUCGCAGCACCUCCGGCUAGAGUCGCGGGGAAGCACCAGCAACAGUAGCAACGCGUCACAACCUCGAGACAGACUCCAAGCUGCGGAAGCAGCUGAGCGAGACAUCGAAGUCCGGCAUAGCCAAAGCAAAUCGUUGCAGCAGCCACGGUCCGGCACCGUGUCUCCAGCAGUCGCGCGAUCUGCUGCUGACUCCGGAAGGGAGCGACAAUCGAAUGCACGCAGCGGCUCUGGCAGCAGUGGCAACAGGCAAGUUCGCACCAGUGAGGUGGCUUUGGGUUCAGACAGCUCAGCCUCCGGUGCGUCGAAGGAAGCCCAGCAAGUGAUGGAGCUGCAAGCCAAGAAUCAAGCGCUGGAAGCAGCCCUUCGGUCAAGAGAUGCUCAGGCGACGCAGAUAAUAGCGGACUGCACGGACAUCGACAACAAGAGCCAAGAGCAAAUGGCGGCGAUCCAGUCGGAGCUUGCAGAUGCAGUCAAGGCUCGGAAGAAGGCGGAAGACGAGCGUGAUGCCGUGGAAGUGAAGGCCGCGGGCGACAAGGCCAAAUCCGCAUCGUCUCUAGCUGCCGCGAACGCAGACCGACUGGAGCUACAGGACCGGGACCGGAAGACUGAGGCAAAUGCCGCUGAAGCGCAAACCGAACUCGAGGCAGCUCGAUGGGGCCUAAGCCAGUCAAAGCAGCGGGAACUCGUACAGAGCCAGCAUCAGGAAGAAGCCAAGGAGCUAAGCGACUGCCGGAUUGAGGAGCUGGAGGGCUUGUUGAACAGUGCAAACCGGGAGCUUGCACAGCUCAGACGAGAGUCUCCCAGUCUCGGGAGCACCGCAAGCGCGCGUGAGACGAGCCUUCAGGAUCAGAUUGAUCUUCUCAUCGAGGAGAGGACGCGAAAUCGGAAGGACAUGAGCGAAGCUCGCUUGGAACUGCUCGGACUAAAGAAAAAGCAAGCGAUGCAAGCCAUCGACCAAGCAAAGUCUCCUGCGGAGUCGCGUCAAGCAAAUCAAGCAGCAGGGGGGGGAGGAGGAAGGUCGCGAGGCCGGGGACGAGGGCGUGGAGCAGGAAGGGGCCUCCUAGAGAUAAUAGAGGAGGAGGAUGAAGAAGGUUCUAUUGGACUGCCGGCACGCGCAGCAGAGUCCGUGGCAAGUGAGUGUGACAGCAGUGACUGUGGAGAUCUGGACGACCUUACGAUUCCCGAUCAAUCUGCUCAGAACGACCUAUUGAAGAAGCUGUUGGCAGAGCUGACCGUUGAGCGGAAGGCAAAGCAAGACAUGCGUGAUAACCACGCUGGUCAGUAUGCCGAGCAUGCGGAAGAGAUCGCUCAAUUGCAGAGGCAGCUCGCAGCGGCAGGAGUCCUUCAGGAAACAACUUCAGCAGAGAAUGUCCGCUUGCAGAGCGUUGGGAAACAGGACAAGAUCAAGCAGCUGCAGCAAGUGGAUGACCUGCAAGUCAAAGUGAGAGAGCUAGAGGAGACAGUAUUCGUGGAAAUGAGGAUGCAGACGGACAAAGAGCAGCAGCAAGAAAUCACGAAUGCUGCAUUGCAGGAGAAAGUUCAGCUGCAAGCCGAGUCGCUUCGAAUCUCAAACUUGCGCUUGCAAGAUGCAUUGCAGCAGCAGCAGACAGAAGCAGUUCGCCAGCUUCGGGAAAUGAACUCAUUGCGACUACAGCUCGCAGUGGAACGCAGGCGAAAUGCUGGAGAUGAGACGCACGGCGCCAAAGACGACUCACCAGAGGAAUCCCUCCACAUGCAGAUAAAGGAGUUGGAAGAAGAGAGAAACCUUCUGCUCAGCAAGAUAGAGGUUCAGGAGGUGCAGCACCAGGUUCAGCUGGAAGACGCGUGCCGUGAUCAUGCUUCCAGAUUGCAGGAGCAGCGAGUGAAGUUUGAAGAACAGAUCGCAGAGGUCCGCUCCCGAUAUGAGCAGUUACUCAGGCAGAGGCCUGUUCAGGGCCAUUCAGAGGAUCUGCUUCUGGGCCUUGGCUUGGGGAGCAACUUAUCCAGCUUGAGCGCGGAGGCAUCAUACCAGGCAAAAGAUGCUUUUCGUCAAGCAGACGGCGCAAACAGUGCGGUUGGUGUUUCAAGCGAGGCUAGCACCCCAGCGUCGCAGAGCACAGGUGGCACCGCAGGCACUUCAUUCUCAGAUCAGAUUCGCAGCAUGAUUUGGGCAGUGCUGGGCCUCGUUCCGAACGCAGUUGCCGUGCAGUGCGCUUUUGAUGACCUGGUCAUCCAGAAGGCCACCGCUAGAGCAGGUGCUAUUUUCAGUGGGAUGGAUUUGAUUGGCAUGUCUUUCUUUUCCUUGCUCCGAGACAAGAGCAAUUCAAGCGUGAUCAGAAGAAUGAUGCUGGUCAACCAAUCCAUGGCCGAUAGCAGUCAGUCUGAAAUCCCAUCCUUCGUUGCUGCCACCUUGGGCAGAUUCGGUCUUCAGGGAAUAGCUGGGCAAGUGAUUGAUGGAGCCACUCGGUUCUUUCUAUGGCUCACCUACCUGCUGACUCUCCAAGUGCUUCCGGGCCUGACGGCAAUCUACGAUGACCCUGUUGCGUCAGAGUUUGUUUGGGGCAUGGCCUAUCACUGGUACGGCGAUGCCCGCUUUGAGACGUGGCCACCUCGCGUGGAGGUGCCCUUCCAAGACCGACAGCAGGAAGGCGCUGUGGUGAAGGAGCUCAAAGCCUGCGCCGGCUUCGAGAACGUGAGGAGAGUUGCCGACCUGCGGCCAGACAAGCAUCUCCUUUUCACCGAAGGCUGCCAAGAGCUCGGCGAGCGGCCCUUGGCAUCCGUCCUCGGAGAUUGGAAAAUUGCGGAGCGCUAUGCGAUGAACAUCAUUGCAGACAUGAACUCUGGAUGUGAGGGUUGGAUUGAUUGGAACCUUGUGCUGGACCAGGAAGGUGGCCCCAACCACGUUGGCAACAACUGCGUGGCACCCGUCAUUUGCGACACAUCGAAAGAUGCCGUGCUGUAUCAGCCGGCCUUUUGGUAUCUGGGGCAUUUCUCGCGAUACAUCCGGCCCGGAGCGCAGCGGCUGCUUUGCAGCACGACUCGUGAUGCAUUGGAGGUUACUGCCUACAAGAAUGUCAACGGCGCGAUCGCGGUCGUAGUGCUGAACCAAAGCGAGGAGCCUAUUUCUUUCUGGCUGAAGGUUAAGGAGGGCAUUGAGCAGCGCGCAACGGCACUUCUGGCGCCGGCGUGCGUAUAA